AUCGAUAAUACAAAAUAAAAUGUAUACUGAAGAUUAUCAUGGUUGUUCCGCCAGAUAGCGGCGCAAUUUAUAGUUUAACACGUGACUCAUUACAUCAUAUACAAAAUCAAACAAAUAUGUGCCAAAUAGAGACACGAACUGAUCUGGCAUUGUUAGGAAUGCUGAAAUAGCCAGUUUUUUUUAAUUACCAUUUAUUCAGACGAAUCAUACGCAGUUUGCAUUUUUGGUGCGAUGAAUAAUACGUUGAAGUUAAGCCGGCUUGAUAGUUCCAAAAGACACACUUUGCAUCUAUUUCGAGGGGAAUGCAAUGUGUUAAUCGGUUAUUUAUAACACUGGUGUGCCGUUUUUCCUGUUGGUCAGUUACUGGCGUAAGACUCUCCGGUUAAAAUUGUGUCUCUUUUAUUAAUAAUGAUGUAUUAACAUUCAUUUGAUAUCAUUGUGAAGAAAAAGAAAUCAUGGACGAACUUUUAUUCCGUCUGUCCAAUCAACUUGAGGCACUCCAGGUACAAGCAUCAGUAACAGCACAGCAGGGACAACAAUGGUGCGCAGUGUGGUUUGCAGAAGUUCAAAGACUGUCACAAGAUUUGUAUAAUGAACAAUAUGGACAUCAGGUCAUAGAUUUUGUGAAAAACCUUGGAUCUUAUUUAGAAAGUGGCUGGGAACAGCUUCAAUUUCACUACUACUCUUUACAAUUUAAUCCUAGAGAGUUUUAUCAACAUCUGGGCAAUUUGUGUUUUAGCGACGUUACACGAAGAGAAUUAGCUUUUUGCAUAACAGGUUUAAUUAUUGGUAGUGUAGCUGGGUAUAAUAUUGGCCUAAAUUGGCAGCGACCGUCCCAUCAUAUGCACCAUAUGAAAGCCAUAAUAUGCCAUCACUACAUAGGUAUCGAGGGCGUUUCUACAAUAGACGAUGCCGAGAUGCCUACCAUACAAAAAUCAAACGAAUUACUUAUUCAAGUUCGAGCAGCAUCUGUCAAUGUUGUUGAUGCUAAAAUAUGUUGGGGCUAUUCGAAAGCAUACAGGCGGCUCCUUAAUUCUGGAUCAUUUCUUUAUUGUCAGAGAUACAAGGAAUUGCCGGUUACACUUGGUAGAGACUGUUCUGGCGUUGUAGUAGACAUUGGUCAGAGUGUGAUAAACUUUGAUAUUGGUGAUGAAGUUUAUUUGGCAGUACCACCAUGGGCAUCAGGUACUAUGGCCGAAUAUCUUGUUAUACCUGAAUGUCAGGUGGCUAAGCGACCAAGACUUGUUACUUUUGAAGCUUCUGCUAGUUUGCCAUAUAGUGGAUGUCUUGCCUGGGACGCCUUGGUUAAUAAAUCUAAUAUACAAGAAGGAAAUGCUAGAGGAAAAAGAGUACUGGUUUAUGGUGGAAGCACACCAGUAGGAUGUAUCCUAAUUCAACUGGUAAAAUUUUGGGGUGGUCAUGUGGUAACUGCUUGCAAGCCACAUGCAAUACCAGUAACGAGAGCCUUAGGUGCUGAUGAAGUAAUACCGUUCAAUGAAUCAAAUAUUGAAAAAGAACUUGAAUUGCAUGAUAAGUACCAUGCUAUUUUUUACACUGGUGGCCAACCUAUUGAUGAGUUCAUACUGAAAAAACAUUUACUACCAUAUGGUUCGUACGUAUCUACCAUGCCUGAAUAUCUGACUUCUGAUUCCUUGGGAUUUUUCUUCGGUAGUAUAUUUUCUGGAUGUGUCAGAAUCAAACUUAUGGUACAAUAUAUGUUUGGCUGCAAUAUUCAUCAUUGGAAGGAAGGUUCUAAAAUAAAUACGGCGUAUCUACAAUCUUUGAGAGACUUAGUAGAUGCAGAUCAAUUACAAACAGUUGUGGAUCGCGCAUUUGCACCGCACAAUAUCGAACAAGCACUGCAUCACGUAUUAGAUCCAAAUGCAAUUGGUAGUACUAUUAUAAAAUUCCAAUGACACCUUGUUACUACAUUUAGGAUACUUAGAUGUUGCUAACUCUAACUCAUAGACUGUACAAUAUUAUACCAUUGUUCACUGUAAAUACUAAAAUCACAUUUAAUCAUAUAUGGCUGUAACCGUCCGUCAAUUUAUAUUACAGAAAGUUUAUCAUUUUUCGUAUAAACAAUAUACAAGGUAAAAUAAUGUAUGUAUAUAAUUAUAAAAAAAUAAUUACCUUGGUUCAAUUGCAUCUGCAUGAUAACUUAUCAGUACGAAUGCGUCAAUAGUUUUGACUGGACUAUCGAAUUAUAAAUGAUUCGAUAUCUUAAGUUGACAUAUUGAGUUGACAAUAAUCUGAUGUAUGGAUAGGAUGACGGUAAUAAUGGUUAAGGGUGCUUCUACUGCCAUAUAAUCGUCUAAAGAACUUUGCAGAUAACGUAACGCCAAGACGAUUGAAACAAAGGAGAUAUGAGAUGUUAAGUUUAUAUCUAAAGCUUUAUAAUCUGUUUUACUAAAAUAAAUAGUGGAUCGACAUUUUAA